CGCCUUUCAACUCCACCACUGUCUCCGUACGGGUUGUCUGUGGAAUCUCUCUUGUUCUUAAGGAAUCUGGAAGGAGGCCUUAACAUUUCAAACUCUUGACAUUUAAACAACUCUAGGGGCCGGCACACUAGCACUGGUACAGCCUCAUGUCAGCAUCGAGCGCGGAAGACUUCGAACAAUGUGCUCACAUUGCGACCGCACUCCUUGAAGAUGAAGAACUGGUAAGGAAGUACAAAAAAUCCAUAACAUGGGGCGUACAGCGUUAUCAAAAUGGAAGAAGUUCUAACAAAAAGAGAAAAAUCACUGUGUUUCCAUGCAAUGAUUGCGAUGUACCCCUGGCUAGACCCUUCCUCUGUCUACACUGCUCGUACGCUGGGUGCUGGAACAACAACCACAUGGUUGAUCACCUCAAGAAGGCAGACCAUCUGUUUUGCGUUGACGCAAAAUCAGGUGCCAUAUUUUGUUCUCAAUGCGACGAUUUAUGUUACAACGCCAAGACUGAAAAGAUGUACUUGGCAUCGGUUCUGUCAGUUGAAGAGAAGCAGACAAGGUUUCAAGUUUCGAAUAAGCCAAGAGAGCCCUUUAAAGCGUGGUCGCCUUCGGAAGAAGAGCGUACUGCACUACAAGGAACAGUUUCAAUUCCUUGUCAAGGUGAGCGAUCAAAUUCUAGUUUUUGAUCACCGUAACCUUCAAAUGUUGUUUAAAGGCCGAAGGGGCCUUCUGAAUCUUGGUCAGACAUGCUUCAUGAAUGCGGUAUUACAGUCCUUCGUUCACAACCCUCUCCUGAGGAACUACUUUUUGGGAGAUAAGCAUAACAGCAAGCUGUGUAAAACGGAGGAUUGCAUGUCGUGCGAAAUGGACAAGCUCUUCACCGAGAUCUACUCUGACGAAUUGAUGCCCUUCGGACCUGUCAGCUUUUUGACGACAACAUGGCAAAAAUCGCCCGAAUUGUCUGGUUAUGCUCAGCAUGAUGCGCACGAAUUCUUCUGUCUAGCAUUGAAUAGCAUCCACAGCUCUAGCAAAGGAUCGACAAACAUCUCGUGCAACUGUAUUAUUCACUCCACAUUCGCAGGUCAAUUACAAAGCGACGUCACUUGUGAAAGAUGCCAUAACGUCACGACGACGGUGGAUCCUAUGUUCGACAUUAACUUGGAGCUGAAAGAUAAGGACAAAGGGAAUGACGGGGAAAGUACAACUCUGAUGGCCUGCCUACGAAGAUACACGCAGCCUGAGAAGCUCGGCAACAAGGAGUAUAGCUGCGAUAAAUGUAGAAAGGCUACACAUGAUGCCAGCAAACGGCUUACUAUCCGACAAUUGCCGCCUGUCCUGAGUUUCCAGCUUAAGCGGUUUGAACACAAAACGUCAGAAAAGUCGGCGUCAGCUCGGAAAUUGGACUCCGUCAUACGAUUCCCAGCGUCAUUGAACAUGAUGCCUUACACCACUUUCUCGGAGAAGGAUAAUUUUGCAGGUGCGGGACCCGAAGCCUUGUAUGAGUACGAUCUUUUCGCCGUGAUCAACCACGAGGGGCAGAUGAACAAUGGCCAUUACACAAAUUUUGCCCGAUUUCAAGAUCAAUGGUAUCGUUUCGACGACGACAAAAUCACUCCUUCAACUCUCGGUGAUUGUCUAAAAUCUUCCGCGUACAUGUGCUUCUACGUGAAGCGUCAUCUAGAGUAUAAGCCCCACAUGACACCAGCGUAUGUGUUGGUGCGGGAGGCAGAAGCGAUCAGAGAAAAGGAGAUGGAGAAAGAGAAGGAAGCGGCGAAGGAAGCGGCUCGGAUGAAGGAAGUGGAGGAUGCUUUGUUGGCUACUGUCUAAGGGAUGUUACUAAGUAUAACAUAAUUAAGAUAGGUGGGGAAAACGAAAACAGUUACCCCACGCUGCAGAUCUACACGUCUUUUCUCCCGA